AUGCAGUCUGCGUAUCAGCUCAGCAAGGAAAAUAUUAAUAUUUAUUGCAAAGGAUGUAAUACAGAUGAUUAUCUGAAAGCCCCUGCAGCCACAGACUUGGCUUAUAAUGCAAUUCUGGAACACACUAUCGCCGAGAGGGAGCGCAGUCCUGCGGUAGUCACAAGGUGUGUGGCACUUUUGAAGCGGUAUCUCCUAAGAUACAAACCAAGUGAGGAGACGUUACUUCAGAUAGAUCGUUUUUGUUCAACGAUAAUUGCUGAAUGUGAUAUUAACCCAACUCAGCCGUGGUCACGAGUUUUGAAUCGUCAGUCUGGUGUAUCAAUUGCAGCCACAAAUACAUCUCCUUUACCUGUAUCUACCUUUGCUUCUGAGGGACUUGUAAAGUCACUAAAUUAUGUUCGUUCACUAGUGUCUCAACACAUUCCUAAGCGGCUAUUUCAACCAGCUUCAUUUGCUGGACCUCCUUCGUCCGGACAGUCACUGCCAUCAUUGUCAUCUUUCCUGAGUAAAUCGUUCAAUUCCCAAUUAAUUCCUGCAAGUAUUCCAGAAUCACAAAGUUCCACAGUUGUUCCAGAUGCACUAGAGAAGGAUUCAAGUUCUCUAUCUGUUUCAAGGUUAUCAAAAAUCGAAAAUGCUGAUGAAAUGGAUGAACAAGGGUUCAUUGCACAUGAUGUUCUGAAAUGGCGCUGGCUUGAGCAACCACCAUCAUCAUCCAUAGGGACUCAAAAUGAUCGUGCUGUGAAUUCCCAAGACAUGACAUCACAUAGUUUCUUAGAAAUAGGUGCUGCAGCUCUACUUGUAGGAGACAUUGAAUCUAAGAUGAAGGGGCAACCAUGGAAAUUUUUUGGAACUGAUGAUAUGCCUUACCUGGAUCAGCUAUUGCAGUCUUCCCCUGUAACGCCUAUUACUGAUUCUGACUCAGCUCGCCCCCAUCUGAGAGCAAUAACAGCAUCUAAACGAACAAAACCAGGCUCUCGUCAGAUUUGGCAUGUUAGCCUUCAAAAGACAAAUGUAUUACAUUCUCAUGUUCUUUUCUGUACUCAAAAUGUCUGCAUGCAAUACAUAAGGGAGGAUUUUCCUGUGAUUACAUUCCGUCCCAGAACUCGACAGCUUUUCCAGUAUCGUCAUUACAGGUUUAGAUCAUUUGACUCUAGAAAAUCUUCAAAGGAAUUGGAUAGCAAAUCUGCAACACUUAAUUGUUCCACUACAGCAGCGACUAUAGUGGCCAAGGGCCACUCUGCCACUGUAGCACACUUUAACAAAGCUGCAGCUUUUGAGCAACAACCUCUGCGAUUGAACCCUACAGAGGUACAUGAUGUUAUUGCUGCAGUUUGUGCAGAGGUUUCUAUCCCAAAUGCCAAUGCUGUCAGAGCCUCAACUAGACUAAAUAAUAACAGUGGAAGACCAUCAACGGAUGUGGCUGUGAGCGUCCUUAUUAAACUAGUUAUUGACAUGUAUGUUUUAAAUUCUCAGACAGCUGCUCCGCUCAUUCUUUCUAUGUUUGAGGAGAUGCUUAGUUCUUCCAAAUCAGCAUGCAGGGUUCGUGCUUUUGAUUUAAUUCUAAACCUUGGGGUUCAUGCACAUCUCCUAGAACCGAUACUUGCUAAUGAUGCUUCUACUAUAGAGGAAGAAUAUACUCAAGAAUCCUAUUAUGACAGUGACACUCAAGUUAUGGUGCAAGGAGGCAGAAAAGCUAGUUCGCAGAACAAAUCAGAUGCAGGCUCUGCAUUUGAUAAUUUUGAGUCUUGGAUUUUAAAUAUCCUGUAUGAGAUACUACUUCUUCUUGUUCAGUCUGAAGAAAAGGAUGAAUCUGUUUGGGCAUCUGCUCUCAGCUGUUUGCUGUAUUUUGUCUGUGAUAGAGGAAAGAUCUGGAGAAACCGUUUAGUAGGGCUUGACAUAAGGGGGCUUAAGGCUGCAUGUAAGGAGUAUGUUCUGAAGGCCCUUGUAAAAAUCAGUAGGGAGAACUCUUGGGCAGAAUUAGUUCACUGUAAGCUUAUUUCCAUGUUAACCAAUAUGUUUUAUGAAGUUCCUGAAGUUGCUGAAUCUGUACCCAACAAACCAAAGUUUCUUGUGGAUCAACUUGAUCUGAUCGGAGGAGUUCAAUUUAUUUUUAUUGAGUAUUCCCUAGCAAGCUCAAGAGAAGAGAGGAAAAAUUUGUAUUCAGUGCUUUUUGAUUACAUUCUGCAUCAAAUAAAUGAAACAUGCAUAGCUGCUGGCGGCAAUGAAUAUAGUGACGAUGAGAUCCAACCUCUUGCUGCUCUGCUUGCUCAAACAAAUGCACCUGAGGCAUUUUAUAUUUCUGUUAAACUUGGGGUAGAAGGCAUUGGAGAGAUUCUGAGAAGAUCUAUUGCGUCAGCCCUGUCCAGUUAUCCCAACAGUGAACGACUUAAUAUGCUACUGGAAGUUGUAGCAGAGAAAUUUGAUGCUGUAAUAAGUACAUUCACUCAUUUGGACAAAGAGUUCUCUCAAAUGAAUCAAAUAACCAAAUCUCUCAAGUUUCUGGAAAGUAUGGAAGGUGUUGUUCUGAGAAAUGGCAUUGGUUUGCAGGCAAAGCACUCGUGGUCCACUUUACAUUCUCUUCUUCAUUCUGAAAGAAUUUCUUACCGUCAAAAUGGGUAUAUCUGGUUAGGCGAUCUACUUAUUUCUGAAAUUAAUGGAGAAAGAGAUGGGAAUAUAUGGUCAAGUAUCACAUACUUCCAGCAGAAAGUUGCUCAAGCGGGAACUCAAGAUUCUUUAAAUACGUCAGAUGUUCCUUUGCCCAUUUUACUUAUGUGUGGCCUUCUAAAGUCUAAAUACAACUACAUUAGAUGGGGAUUUUUGUUUGUCCUUGAAAGGCUUCUCAUGAGAUGCAAAUUUUUGUUAGACGAGCAUGAAAUGCAACAAUCAAGCAGCAGAGAUCUGGGUCAUGGGAAGAAAGAUUGGCAUCUUGAAAAAGCCAAUGCAGUGAUUGACAUAAUGAGUGGAGCCUUGUCUUUGGUGUUUCAGAAAAAUGAGACAGAUCGCAUUAAUAUUCUGAAAAUGUGUGACAUACUAUUCUCUCAAUUGUGUCUAAGAGUUCCUCCAGCUGCUGCUAUGCCCUUUGGAGAUGAUGUACACCGCGGCAGAAAUUUAAAUCGCAGUAAUGUAAGCAAAAGGUCUGAUAGUGAUAAUCAUGUUGUCAAACAAGAUACUUUCCACUGGGAUGAACAUAAAGAAGAGGCUAAUAGGAGAUCUGGCUACCAUAAUAACUACCACCUGGAUCACGAGACUGCAUCAAUGGCAGCUCUUUUCCAAGGACGAGCCAUUGUCCCAAUGCAAUUAAUUGCACGUGUUCCUGCUGCCAUACUAUAUUGGCCACUUAUUCAAUUGGCUGGAGCAGCAACAGAUGAUAUUGCAUUGGGUGUUGCUGUUGGAAGUAAAGGAAGAGGAAACCUGCCUGGUGCUACAUCUGAUAUUCGAGCCACACUUCUUCUACUACUUAUUGGUAAAUGCACAGCAGAUCCUGUUGCUUUCCAGGAGGUUGGUCAGGAACAAUUCUUUAGGGUACUUUUGGAUGACACAGAUUCAAGACGCAUGAUGACCGAAAAUCCAGAGAAAUAUCAACACAUGCUUCAGAAUCUUGUGGUUAAGGCUCAACAGAGAAUCCAUAUCUUCAAAUGUGUGGCAUACUUCAACUGGCAAAUGAUCUUGGGAUUGACCUGUGAUCUUCAAGGCAUGACUUUCUGGGAGGCUAUAUUAUAUGGGGUAGGACAUGUGCAUUGGUUUGAGGAAUUAUCGCCUUUGAUUCUGAGGAAAACUUCCAUCAUUGGAUUGACUAAGAUUGAAAAACAUAUCCAGGACAUACUUAAGUUUAACCGCAGGCAGUCAUACCACGCCGUUGAUGUCGUCAUGAGCAAACCUCUAAAGAUUCAUCAAUCAGAGAAUGUAGACAAAGGGACGCACGAAUGUAGACAUUCAUCUCUCAGUUAUACUUCUGUCACCAUCAACUACUUCAGAGACGAAGGAACAAGUUUGAGCCAUGGAGGCGAACUCCGUUUCCAGAAAUCUUCAGGAUUGCCCUUUCUGGAAGUCUUCUAUGCUGCAAGGUUGAUAGAUAAGGGAUUUGAUGGAGACAAGAGCGUGGCGCUAAGCGUCUCCUUCCAGAAUAUGUAUAACCAUUAUAGCAUCCAGAACACCUUUCUGAAUACCCACUACUUUACAGAUUGCCCUUUCCGAAAAUCAUCUGAAACCCCUAUUCUGGAAAGGGUGGAGGUGGAAAAUGAUACUUUGGUCUUUCACUUGGAAACAUGGGGUGCAGGUGGAAAACAUGGGAUGCAUGAAGGAAAAGCCCACAAGAAGGUAAAGAAAGGGACGUAUGGAGGUAUAUGA